UUUUUUUUUUUUUUUUUUUUUUUUUUUUUUUUUGGUUUUUCGAGACAGGGUUUCUCUGUGUAGCUUUGCGCCUUUCCUGGAACUCACUUGGUAGCCCAGGCUGGCCUCGAACUCACAGAGAUCCGCCUGGCUCUGCCUCCCGAGUGCUGGGAUUAAAGGCGUGCGCCACCACCGCCCGGCUGAUUUAUUUUAUUUUUGUGUACGUGUAUGUGCCACAUGUGUAUGAGUGUCCCUGGCGUCCUGAAGAGGGCAACGGAUCUCCUAGAGAUGGAAUUACAGGUGGUUGGUUAUAAGCUGGGUGUAAAAAACCCGUUCACCUGGAAGAGCAGAAAGGCUCCUAACCGGUGAGCCAUCUUUCCAGACCCACAUACUGCUUUCUUAAGGGCCUCGGGGUAUACAAAAACAAGGAGAUGGCUCAGCGGGUAAGGAUGCCUGCUGCCAAGCCUGGCAAUCUGAGUUCGAUCCCCAGGGCCUAUAGAGUGGAAGCCAAGAACCAACUUUCGCUAUCAGUCUUCUGACCACAGGUAUGCAGUGUGACAGCCCUCCCCCCAAAAAAAGUAAUUUGCCCUUUAAUUUGUACCUUAGACUUACAUAGUAACAUGCAGACUUGUCUCCAUUCGCAAAGUAAGAAACUGUGGCUGUGGAAAGUUGAGUGAAUUCUCAAGUCACAGCUCGGGUCGCAGAACUCAGCAGGUAGCAGGUGGCGUGGCUGAGAAAAGCACUCUGGCUGUUGACAGGGAGGGGGUCUCUGCCCCUCCCAGAGGGAGGUGGUCCAGUGACGUCAUGGCGACUUUAAGACCCCUUGCCUCCGCCCUCGUCCCUACUUUCGACUUGGGAAUCUUUGCAGUCUGUUUUGCAGGUGAGCAGCCUGGGGCAAGUGUGAGUUGCGGGCCUGGAGAUAAGCGGGCAGGGGAUGUGGCAGGGUGCUUGCGGGCGUGUGCAGAGAGCUGGAGCUUCGAUCCUGGGCGCCGCCACUUGGGUCAGCAAGUCCCUAGGCAGGAAGUGGUUGCAUCGAGCCCCUCAAGGCGAUCGAGUACCCGCGGCCCCAGAAAAGUUAAACGCCCCUCCCCCUCCCCCGGGACAAAGACACCGAAACCUGGAACGCCCCUCCUCCACCUGCUUGGUUUCUCUGGGGCGGGACUCCCCUCCCCCUCACCUGCAGGCGCGGACCCAGCUUCGGGCGCCGCCGCCAUUAAGCCCCUCCUGGUCGCGCACUCCUAGGCUUGAUAACCAACCAGCCCCGGGUGGCCGAGCCGGACAGGACGCCCUCGGACAAAGCUGAGUGAGCACUUGGUAAGUGGAGAGGGACAGACAUGAGAAGGAGCGAAUGUCUCUCCAGAUGUUGACUCCAGCGUGAGACUGCCAGUGAGAGGGGCCUAUGCCAUUCUUGGGUGCAAGGUGCACACUUAGAACCAGGGUAAUGGGGAGCCACAGCAUGGCGACGAGCAUAACUGAUUGCCUUAGUACCACCAAUGUGAAGUGCGACGUGAAGGACACAGGUGCAGCCUGCCACAGAAGGCACUGGGGUCUUGAACUUUAGCUCCUUACGAAGCUGUGUCGAGAGAGGAAAGGUAGCAUGGUGGCCUUUGGUCUGAAUUCGAAGGAAUGCUCCCAUUCUUGAGGGCAUGCACCUUGACCCUCAGAGGUGGAGGCUGGACCGAAUCGGCUGCUAGCCUAGAAAAACCUGCUUUUGGGUGAAAGGGUUUGUUUUUCCUCAUCUCUCAGCAAGGGUGGGCUGGGCCCGGCCUGGAAGGGCCUCCAGCAACUCCCAGGGAUUGGGAGGAGAUAAUGGAGCGUGGGGGAGGGCUAGGCCUAGGAUUUCAAGGAAUUAGAUCCACCUGAAAUGGAACCCGGGCUGGAGCUGGGGGUUUCCAUUUGAGCCUCGGGUGGUGGGAGGAAGCCUUAGGUUGGACCUGAAACUUGUGGCUAGAGCCCGACCAUUUCUUUCAGCCCUUUGUGUCCCUCUGCUCACCUGAUAAAAUGCACCUGAGGAUGUAGCUCAGUUUGCAGUGCUUGCCUGGCAUGCAGGAAGCCCUGAGCCUCCUCAGCCUCACCAUGGCCUCCGCCGGUCUGCAAAUCUUGGGGAUCGUCCUGACCCUGCUUGGCUGGGUCAAUGCCCUGGUGUCCUGUGCCCUGCCCAUGUGGAAGGUGACAGCCUUCAUUGGCAACAGCAUCGUUGUGGCCCAAAUGGUGUGGGAGGGGCUGUGGAUGUCCUGUGUGGUCCAGAGCACCGGCCAGAUGCAGUGCAAGGUGUACGACUCACUGCUGGCACUGCCCCAGGACCUACAAGCCGCAAGGGCCCUCUGCGUCAUCACCCUCCUCGUUGUCCUGCUUGGCCUACUGGUCUACCUCGCUGGAGCCAAAUGUACUACCUGUGUGGAAGACAAGAAUUCCAAGUCUCGACUGGUGCUCAUCUCUGGGAUCGUCUUUGUCAUCUCCAGCGUCCUGACCCUCAUUCCUGUCUGCUGGACCGCCCACUCUAUCAUUCAAGACUUUUAUAAUCCCUUGGUAGCUGAUGCUCAAAAGCGGGAGCUGGGGGCCUCCCUCUAUCUGGGCUGGGCAGCCUCAGGCCUUCUGCUGCUGGGUGGAGGGCUGUUGUGCUGCGCCUGCUCCCCUGGAGGGCCCCGGGGACCUGGCCAUUACAUGGCCCGCUAUUCUACAUCUGCCCCACAUUCAGUCUCUCGUGGACCCUCUGAAUACCCCACCAAGAAUUAUGUCUAAUGCUCGCUGGGGAGUGAGGCACUACUGGCCAGGCCAUAGGGCCUUGAGCUGAGCCGUCAAGAAAUGGUGCCUAGUAGUCUUGGGUUGUUUAGUUUGUUUCUGUUUUGCAGUACUGGAUAUUGAACCCGGGGCCCCACAUGCUUGUAAGCCAGUGCUCUACCAAUGAGCUGUAUGGUACCAGCCCCUAGGGUUGGUUUCAUCUGGUUCUGAGACAGGCUGUCAUUACAGAGCUCUGACUGACCUCCAGCUCUAGUUUAAUUGCCCCAACCUGAGCCCAGACUCUGCCUCGCUCUGCAGCUCGCAUUUCUCACUUUUAGAUUAUGCAUCGGGAGGGGUGACACUUUUAGUUUGUGUCUUUAUUCACUCUGGGCAUCUUCUGCAGAACCUGUUCUGAGACUGCUUAUGGACCUGGCCUUUGUGAUCCCCAAGAUGGCCUGUCCCAAGAGUUCCCAAUCCUGGAAGGUCAGGUGAUAAGUUACCAAAGAAUUUUCUACUCCAAGUCUUCCAACCUUUUGCCCCUACAUCCCAUUACCAAAGUUACCAUGUACUCUCCCCCAAAUCAGGUCCCAGCUGUGCUGUAGACCCUUCACCCCCUUUUCUCUAACCUUGCACAUUUCCCUACCCACACAACGUUUUACUAAAUAAAACAUGAUUUUUAUA